CAUACAUACACAAGUCACCGUGUGACCGCCUUAUAAAUUUCAUUCAAUCCUUACCCUUCUGGGUCUUUUCGUCUUCACCGCCUGCCUCUCAUUCUCACAAAGGUACACUACAUACACUCAUAUGAUCAAUCUUGAAACUAUUCAUUUCAUAGAUAGAGACUUUGAAGGUGUAAUAUCAUCUGGGUCUCACAGGUUUCAUUUUCAAAAUCAACAGCAGAAAGAUUGGGCGUUUGAGGGCAAUCAACAACAAAAAGUCAUGGUGAGUCCGAUUGUUCGAAUGGGAAAUGAAGAUAUGGAUCCUCCAUGGUUGAAACCAAUGCUUAGAGCCAACUACUUCAUUCCGUGCUUUGUUCAUGGGGAUUCCAAUAAAAGCGAAUGCAACAUGUACUGUUUGGAUUGUAUGGGAAAUGCUCUCUGUUCUUACUGUUUGAUCCGUCACAAGGAUCAUCGAGUUGUUCAGAUAAGGCGGUCCUCGUACCAUAACGUGGUGAGAGUGAAUGAGAUUCAGAAGUACAUUGACAUCUCUUGUAUACAGACGUAUGUUAUCAACAGCGCGAAGAUUGUGUUCUUGAACGAGAGGCCACAGCCAAGGCCUGGAAAAGGAGUUACAAACACUUGUGAGAUUUGUUGCCGAAGCCUUCUUGACUCGUUCAGGUUCUGUUCUCUUGGUUGCAAGCUUGGGGGUAUGAAGCGUGGUGAUCCGGAGCUCACCUUCACAGUAAGGAUGAAGCACAAUCGAGACACAUUUCAAGGUGGCUUUGAAUCCGAUGAGUCCUCAACCCCAAAGAAGAUGUGCAGGCCUCAUGUUUUCAAUCGUCUAAUCAAUGGCCCUAUUUUCGCAUUUGUGGAUGGUCCCAAUUAUGCUGGCUCCUCGUGUUCUACUUCUGGAGAUGAGACCAUGAACAACAUUUCCCCCGCCACGCCACCCAUCUUCAACCACCGGAAUUCUAGGAGGAGGAAGGGCAUUCCCCACCGAGCCCCAUUCUGAUGAUCGGUCCGAAAAUAGGGAAGUGAUGAUCAAGAAGGUAUAAGAACAGAACUUAAAGUUAUAUAAUGGAAGGAAGAAAAAAAAAAAAAAAACACAAAAAUAAAA